UAUAUGAAAUACAUGCAUGUAUGUAUAAUCCCUACAUCAUACUAUAUGGAUUAGAGAUUAUUCUUCUGGAGUUUAUAUAUUUGUUUCACUAAAACUCCAUUUCAAAAUUCAACUAUCGAGAUUUCUGUAAAUUGAAAAGUAUAUAUAUGAAUAAAUAUGUAUGUAUAACAUUACUAUCAACAUAAUGAUUUCAAUGCGGCAGUAAGAAAUGUUCUGUGAGCUAUAUGAGUAGGCCAAGAACAGAGUGUCAUCGUGUAUUCGUUAUCAGAAUACCAUUGGCAGACCACCACAUAUAUCACACCAAACCCAGAUAACUGUCGCAUCAGCAGCAAAAUGGCAUGGACACCACGGAAUGAGGGUCUGCAGCAGCUGCUCCCGAUACUCAAGGAAGCACAGUCUCCAGACACAGGCACGCAGCUAGUUGUGCGAAUGAAGCUGAAGGAAUUCCACUGCUUCCCGGACUUCAACAACUAUCUGAUCUAUGUGCUGACUAAACUGAAGACAGAGGACGAGCACACGAGAUCCCUCUGCGGUUUAAUCCUCAAAAACAACAUCCGCAUGCACGGCACCACUCUGCAACCGGAGAUCGUUGAGUACAUCAAGCACGAGUGCCUGCAGGCAGUGGGCGACUCUUCGCCCCUGAUCCGUGCCACAGUGGGCAUCCUGAUCACCACCAUAGCCAGCAAUGGCGGUCUGCACAACUGGCCGCAGCUGCUUCCAUCUCUCUGCGAAAUGCUCGACAACCAGGACUACAAUGUGUGCGAGGGAGCCUUCAGUGCCCUGCAGAAAAUUUGCGAGGAUUCUGCUGAGAUUUUGGACUCCGCAGCGCUCAACAGGCCAUUAAACAUAAUGAUUCCAAAGUUCCUGGAGUACUUCAAGCACAGCAGUCCAAAGAUCCGCUCCCACGCCAUUGCCUGCAUAAACCAUUUUAUUAUAAACAGAUCACAGGCCCUGAUGCUAAACAUAGACAGCUUCAUUCAGAACCUCCUACACCUGUCUUCGGAUGAUGACCCCGUGGUUUGCAAGAACGUUUGCAACGCACUGGUGUCUCUGGUGCAGGUGUGCAUGGACCUCAUGAUACCGCACAUGUCGCAGAUUGUUGGGUACAUUUUGUUGCGCACCCAGGACGCCGACGAGGACGUGGCUCUGCAGGCCUCCGAAUUCUGGCUGUCAUUAGGAAGGCAUAAAUGCUGCAGGAAUAUGCUGGCUCCCAUUUUAUCUCAGUUGCUCCCAGUCCUAGUGCACCGAAUGCACUACACGGAGGUCAACAUUAUUCUUCUGAAGGGCAAUGUGGAUACAGAUGACGAGGAGCCUGAUAGACCGCAGGAUAUCAGUCCACGUUUCCACAAGUCCCGCGCACACGUAAUAAAUACGGAAUUGGAAGAAGACCCCGACGACAAGUCGUUUUUGGAAUGGAACUUGCGUAAGUGCAGCGCUUCUUCCCUCGACAUGGUGGCUAAUAUUUUCCACGAGGAUUGCUUACCCGUCAUGCUGCCCAUCCUCAAGGAGACGCUUUUCCACCAGGAGUGGGUGAUCAAAGAGAGUGGUGUCCUGGCCUUGGGAGCUAUCGCGGAGGGCUGCAUGCAGGGCAUGAUCCAACACUUGCCAGAGCUGAUUCCCUACCUAAUAAGCUGUCUGUCCGACAAGAAGGCACUGGUGCGCUCCAUUACAUGCUGGACGCUCUCGCGAUACGCCAAUUGGGUGGUCAAUCAGCCGCACGACCAGUACUUGAAGCCGCUCAUGGAAGAGCUGCUGAAGCGCAUCCUGGACUCGAAUAAGCGCGUUCAGGAAGCUGCGUGCUCUGCCUUUGCCACUCUGGAGGAGGAGGCCUGCACGGAACUGGUGCCCUACCUGGAGUAUAUUCUAAAGACGCUCGUCUUUGCCUUCUCCAAGUACCAGCACAAGAAUCUACUGAUACUGUACGAUGCAGUGGGUACUUUGGCAGACUCCGUCGGGCAUCAUCUAAAUAAACCGCAAUACAUUGACAUCUUAAUGCCUCCACUAAUUGAUAAGUGGAACCUGCUGAAGGACAACGACAAGGAUCUGUUCCCUUUGCUGGAGUGCCUGUCGAGAAUCGCCAUUGCCUUGCAGUCCGGCUUUCUGCCCUACUGCGACCCGGUGUUUCGCAGGUGCAUCUCCCUCAUUGAGCAGACUAUGAAUCAGGAAAAGCUGUGGGAAGAAAACCCAACAUUAGACUACCCCGACAAGGAGGUCAUGGUAGCUGCCAUAGAUCUGCUCUCUGGCUUAGCCGAAGGAUUGGGCGGCCUCAUCGAGCCACUGGUGGCCAGCAGCAACAUAGUGCAUCUCCUCGACAAAUGCUUGCAUGACGUUAUGCCUGCAGUUCUCCAAUCUUCGCUUGCCCUGCUGGGUGAUUUGAGCAAGGCCUGUUUUUCCCAGGUACACCCCUUCACCGUCGAAUUCUUUUCGAGCAUAGUGAUAAACCUAAACUGUAGCUACAUCGAGGUGUGCAACAAUGCAAUUUGGGCCUUAGGGGAAAUGUGCUUGAAAUUGGGUGAGGCAGCCAAGCAGUACAUAUGGGUAGUGAUUAGCAACCUUCUGCAAAUACUCAACCGGCAGAAUAUUCCAAAAACUCUUCUGGAGAAUACGGCAAUAACAAUUGGUCGCCUAGGAUAUGCGUGUCCAGGUAUUGUGGCUCCCCAUUUGCCCGAAUUUGCACGGGUGUGGUGCACGUUACUACGUCAUAUACAGGACAACAGCGAGAAGUAUUCGUCCUUUAUGGGAAUGUGCCAUAUGAUCAGGGUGAAUCCAGAAGGCAUUAUGACCGACUUCAUAUUCUUUUGCGAUGCAGUUGCCUCGUGGGAGAAUCCCCCACAGGAUCUGCGACAGAUGAUUCAAAAUAUUAUACAAGGCUUUCAGGACCAAAUGGGUGGGGAAAACUGGCUAAGUUUUAGAGAUCAGUUUCCACCACUUCUGACCUACCGGUUGAACAACCUGUACAACAUCUGAUACCUAUCAGAACUUGACCAGCUAGCUUGAACCAUCAUUCUAAGUUAACGUUGAUUUUGAAAGCUAUACUAAAGGCAAACUAAGUAGCAACAAAAUAUGGAAACGUUACCAAAAAAGGUGGUCAGCAAUUGAAAAAUAUUUAUUACGAUUUUUCGAUAUUUUAGUAUAUGAAAUACUUUAAAUCGGUCGCUUUAUGUAAAUAAAAUAAAA